UACAUAUUUAUUCCUUCCAUUUUCUCUCCUCAAAUCAAAAUCCUUCUUGAAAUCUCAUUUCUAGAAACUACAUUUCCAAACUUGGAAAUGCGAAUCGCUCACACACUAACUAAAAAAAACAGCAGAUUACUAAAAAUAGCACCUUAAAAAUUUAUAAAAAUCAUGGCCGCAGCAAAACACACACCGUCAGAGACUUGCUCAUUAUAUCCAUUCCCGCCUUCCACGUCAGCACUCUCGGCGGCGGCGGAGGAGCCGAAGAUCAAGCGGAUUCGUGAGGCGGCCACCACCACCACCACCUCCGGCGGCAAGCAUCCUAUCUACAGAGGCGUGCGGAUGCGGAAUUGGGGGAAAUGGGUGUCGGAAAUCAGGGAGCCGCGGAAGAAAUCCAGGAUCUGGCUCGGCACCUUCCCCACGCCGGAGAUGGCGGCGCGUGCGCACGACGUAGCCGCGCUGAGCAUCAAGGGCGCCUCCGCCACCCUCAAUUUCCCCGAGCUUGCGGCGGCGCUGCCCCGCCCGGCCUCCCUCAGCCCCCGCGACGUCCAGGCCGCCGCCGCGAAGGCCGCCGCGAUGGAAAAAUUCGAAAUCGUGUCGUCUCCGUCGUCGUCCCUGUCGUCGAUUGAUUUGUCCGCGGCGUCGGAGGAGCUGAGCGAGAUCGUGGAGCUGCCGAGCUUGGGAUCGUGCUUCGACACGGUGGAGAUGAGGAGCGACUUCGUUUACGCAGACGACAACGCCGCGAUCGAAGGGUGGCUGGAUCCGCCGCCGCCGUGGAGCGGCGCCGUCGCUGACGACGGUGGGGUUUCCGGACUCUUCUCGUUGUGGAAUUACUGAGAAAUGAUUUUAGCUCUGUUUUUUUGCUUCAGAAUUUUUUAGAUUUGAUACUAAUAUUGAGUUCGAGUAUGCAUAUUCGAAGUCCCUUGUGUAGUUGUUUUUGUGUGCUCCAUCAUGGAAUUUAGGGCAGCCCUUUUUUUUAUUUUUUGAUUUAAGGGCUAAAUAUUUUCCCUUUUAUCAGCUCUUGUUGUACAGUGUUGGAGCUUAGUCCUCAUCAAAAUUCAUCUCAUAUGUUUUCUCUCUA